UCCAGGUAUAUUUAUUAAGAUCGUGAUUACACCCUUCUCAACGCCCUCCCGAAUCUUCUUCUAUUGGGAACGCUGAUCAGGCAUUUGACGUUUCUAUGUUAUUCUCAGCUGAUUUUGAUUAUUGUUGACAGCACCAAAAUAAAUGCCAACCGGUCGAUAAAUGAUAACUAUAAUAAUAUUUGAUAAGAAGAUAUUAAAACUAAAUUUAUGAUCGCUUGAUAAUGACUCAAGGCACUUCCUAACAAACAAUAUGGUCAAAAGCCAGCCUUCAUUUAGAUUGCGGCAAAAUGCUUCGCAAAACUUACCGCGCAGUUCUAAGAAAGACAUUCCCAAAAAGACUGUAAGAAAUGUGACUGUUAAACCAGAGAAAAAAACCACAACCGAAUUUGUAGUUAAUAACUUGACAUUCCCUAGCGGAGACACUGCUUUUAAAGCUUUAUUGUCUGCUCGGUUUUGUGCGGCUAUUUGGUCUCAUAUCAGCGAUUGUGAUGAGACUUUUAAUUAUUGGGAACCUACACACUAUAUAGUAUUCACCAAAGGCCUUCAAACAUGGGAAUACAGUCCACAAUAUGCCUUAAGAUCCUAUUUGUACUUAAUGAUUCAUGCAAUUCCUGCAUGGAUUUACCAUAAACUAUUACAGCCAAAUCCACUUUUGAUGUUCUAUUUUUCCAGAUGCCUCUUGGGCAUGAUUUGUGCCUUUGCUGAAGUAUUUUUCUACAAAGCAGUAUGUAAAGAGUUUGGGGUGCACAUAGGCAGAAUUUGUCUUGCCUUCCAAUUAUUCUCCCCUGGUAUGUUUAUAGCCAGCACUGCCUAUUUACCCUCCAGUUUUGCCAUGUACAACUUUACUGCUGCCUGUGCUGCUUGGUGGCAACAAAAAUAUGCUUUGGCGAUAUUUUUUACUGCUCUAGGCUCACUUCUAGGAUGGCCAUUUGCUGCUUUACUAGGGGUGCCAAUAGCCUAUGACAUCUUAAUACAAAGAAAAAUGUAUACAUUCUUUUUAACCUGGUGUGGUAUAUCAGCCAUAGUGGUUUUGGGGCCUAUGAUACUAGCAGAUUCACUUAUUUAUGGUAGACUUGUCAUAGCACCAUUAAACAUUGUUAAAUAUAAUGUUCUGGGAGGUGCUGGACCUGAACUUUAUGGCACUGAACCAUUUUCAUUUUAUUUGAUAAAUGGUUUAGUAAAUUUCAAUAUUGUUUGGAUUCUGGCCUUGCUGAGCCCUUUAGCAAUAAUCUUAAACUACCUUUUUGUGCCAUCAAAAAGUAAAAGCACCUUAUAUCUGCCUCAUUGGUUAUCCCUGAGCCCCAUGUUUCUUUGGUUAGCAGUCUUCAUGUUCCAAAAGCACAAAGAGGAAAGAUUUUUGUUUCCUAUUUAUCCAAUGAUUUGCUUGGCAGCAGCCAUUACUUUGGAUGUCUGUCAAAAAUUAAUAUUUCGCAUUUGGAGUCUUGUGAAGAAAAUGCCUCAGGGAACCCACUAUUUGGACAAAACUACUGUUGUUAUGAUGAUGGUUGUCACUAUAUUUUCUGUAUUAGGUAUAUCCAGAAUAGUGGGCCUAUAUAAAUACUAUCAUGCCCCAAUGGACCUAAUGAUGGAAUUAAAUCGUUACCCGGCCGAUUUAAAAGUGCCAGAAAACACCGAAAUAAACGUGUGUUUCGCAAAAGAUUGGCACAGAUUUCCCGGUUCUUUUUUUCUGCCAAACACCAACUGGGACGUCCGGUUUAUCAAGUCAGAAUUUGACGGUAUGCUGCCCGCACCCUAUUCCGACCAUUUAAACGCUACUAAAAUCAUUCAUCCUUAUUUUAACGAUGAAAACAAGGAAGAUUUAAGUUUGUACUUUGAUAUUAGCAAGUGUCACUUUUUAUUGGAUCUAGAUUUGGAUAAAGAAACGGCUUUGGAGCCAAUUUAUGCAAAACGUACUGACGAUUGGAAGGUGAUUAGUAGUUAUAAAUUUCUUAAUGCUGAAAAGUCAAAUAGACUGGCCAGGGCUUUUUACGUACCUUUUGUAAGCGAGAGGUUCGUCAGUUUCGGGAAUUUUUCCUUAUUAAGAUCGCUGAAGCAUAAGAUUAUUUAAGGAUUUAUUGCUUGAACUGACACAUUCUCAGGAAUAUUUUGUAUGUAAUCGAUGUACAUAAUAUUAGUAAGUAAUUUUGGGUCUAAGCUUAAAAAUAGUAAAGUAAGAAAUAAUUUUACAAGCAUUUUUGUGUGAAUUGGGAUACCUGUACGUGUGUGUAAUUUUUUUGUUUUCUAUUGUUGUAAAGUUGUUUUAUUUUAUGAAUAUAAUUGUUUUCAUAUCAA